GAGGCCCGCCGUAAACGGCCCCACUCGCGCCACUUCCGGCCGGUUUCCUCAGACAGCGUUGGUGGGAGAUCGAGAGGCGCCGCAGGACGUUCCCCGCGGCCGGAGCCAUGGAGAUGCCGCUGCCGCCCGACGACCAGGAGCUUCGAAAUGUCAUCGACAAGCUGGCCCAGUUCGUGGCUCGCAACGGGCCCGAGUUUGAGAAGAUGACGAUGGAGAAGCAAAAGGAUAACCCGAAAUUCUCAUUUCUUUUCGGAGGAGAGUUCUACAGUUACUACAAGUGCAAGCUGGCGCUGGAGCAGCAGCAGCUCAUCUGCAAGCAGCAGGCCCCUGAGCUAGAGCCGACCGCAACCCUGCCGCCCCUGCCACAGCCCCCGCUGGCCCCUGCGGCACCCAUCCCGCCAGCCCAGGGCACCCCAUCCAUGGACGAACUUAUCCAGCAGAGCCAAUGGAACCUGCAGCAGCAGGAGCAGCACCUGCUGGCCCUGCGACAGGAGCAAGUGACAGCGGCUGUGGCCCACGCGGUGGAGCAGCAGAUGCAGAAGCUGCUGGAGGAGACCCAGCUGGACAUGAAUGAGUUCGACAACCUGCUGCAGCCCAUCAUUGACACGUGCACCAAGGAUGCCAUCUCGGCUGGGAAGAACUGGAUGUUCAGCAAUGCCAAGUCACCGCCGCACUGUGAGUUGAUGGCCGGCCACCUGCGUAACCGUAUUACAGCUGACGGGGCACACUUUGAGCUGCGGCUGCACCUUAUCUACCUCAUCAAUGACGUACUGCACCACUGGGCCCUGACGCGCGGAAGGUCUCUCCCUCACAGCCAGCGUAAGCAGGCGCGGGAGCUGCUGGCUGCCCUGCAGAAGGUGGUGGUGCCCAUCUACUGCACCAGCUUCCUGGCCGUGGAGGAGGACAAGCAGCAGAAGAUUGCCCGGCUCCUGCAGCUCUGGGAGAAGAAUGGCUACUUCGACGAUUCCAUCAUUCAACAGCUGCAGAGCCCAGCUCUGGGGCUUGGCCAGUACCAGGCAACACUCAUCAGCGAGUACUCAUCAGUGGUGCAGCCGGUGCAGCUGGCCUUCCAGCAGCAGAUCCAGACACUGAAGACCCAGCACGAGGACUUCGUCAGCAGCCUGGCCCAGCAACAGCAGCAGAUCCCGAUGGCCCAGAUGGACACGGAGGUCAAGGCCACGCCACCGCCUGCUGCCCCGCCCCCAGCCCCCACGCCCACCCCAGCCAUCCCACCCACCACCCAGCCAGAUGACAACAAGCCCCCCAUCCAGAUGCCUGGCUCUUCUGAGUACGAUGGCUCGGGAGGGGUCCAGGAUCCUACAGCUGCUGGCGCCCGGGGCCCCGGGCCCCACGACCAGAUCCCACCAAACAAGACCCCCUGGUUUGAACAGCCGCACCCCGUGGCUCCCUGGGGCCAGCAGCAGCCCCCUGAGCAGCCCCCGUACCCACACCACCAGGGUGGGCCACCCCACUGCCCACCCUGGAACAACAGCCACGAGGGCAUGUGGAGCGAGCAGCGUGGUGGUGACCCCGGCUGGAGUGGGCAGCGUGAGGCACCCUGGAGUGGGCAGCCUGAACCUGGCUGGAGCGGCCAGUUCGAAGGGCCCUGGAACAGUCAGCACGAGCAGCCGCCGUGGGGGGGAGGCCAGCGUGAGCCACCCUUCCGCCUGCAGCGCCCACCGCCCUUCCGCGGGCCGUUCCCACCACAUCAGCAGCAUCCUCAGUUCAGCCAGCCACCACACCCCCACAACUUCAACCGCUUCCCGCCGCGCUUCAUGCAGGAUGACUUCCCCCCACGGCACCCCUUCGAGCGGCCCCCCUACCCGCACCGCUUUGACUACCCACAGGGCGAUUUCCCAGCUGAGAUGGGGCCCCCGCAUCACCACCCUGGCCACCGCAUGCCGCACCCCGGGAUCAACGAGCACCCACCCUGGGGUGGGCCCCAGCACCCCGACUUCGGGCCUCCCCCCCAUGGCUUCAACGGGCAGCCCCCCCACAUGCGGCGGCAGGGCCCCCCCCACAUCAACCAUGAUGACCCCAGCCUGGUGCCCAAUGUACCCUACUUCGACCUGCCUGCAGGGCUGAUGGCCCCCCUCGUGAAGCUGGAGGACCAUGAAUACAAGCCAUUGGACCCUAAAGACAUCCGCCUCCCACCUCCAAUGCCGCCCAGUGAGCGGCUGCUGGCUGCCGUGGAGGCUUUUUAUAGCCCCCCAUCCCAUGACAGGCCCAGGAACAGCGAAGGCUGGGAGCAGAACGGCCUGUAUGAGUUCUUCCGUGCAAAGAUGCGGGCCCGGCGGAGGAAAGGCCAGGAAAAGAGGAACAGUGGGCCCUCCAGGUCGCGGAGCAGAUCCAAGAGCCGAGGGCGCUCUUCCUCCCGAUCCAACUCGAGGUCCUCCAAGUCAUCUGGCUCCUACUCGCGUUCCCGCUCGCGCUCCUGCUCCCGCUCCUACUCCCGGUCCCGGUCCAGGAGCCGGAGCCGGUCACGGUCCUCACGAAGCCGGUCGCGGUCCAGGUCCCGGUCGCGGUCCAAGUCAUACUCCCCUGGCAGGAGGCGUCGGUCCCGGUCACGGAGCCCAACUCCGCCUUCCUCGGCUGGUCUGGGUUCUAACUCUGCACCGCCUGUCCCCGACCCCAGGCUCGGAGAGGAGAACAAGGGGCACCAGAUGCUGGUGAAGAUGGGCUGGAGCGGAUCCGGUGGCCUCGGCGUGAAGGAGCAGGGCAUCCAGGACCCCAUCAAGGGCGGCGACGUGCGGGACAAGUGGGACCAGUACAAGGGCGUGGGUGUGGCGCUGGACGACCCCUACGAGAAUUACCGCCGCAAUAAGAGCUACUCCUUCAUCGCCCGCAUGAAGGCCAGGGAUGAGUGCAAGUAGCGGCCGCUGCAGCACUCGACCGCCGGAACCGUCCACUGAGGGGCAGUGGAAGCUUCCGAGAUGGUCAUGACAGUUGGCUCUGACCCAGCUUCGUCCCUGGGAGGAGGUGCCCAGGCCUCGCCUGCAGCCGCCUUUACACAAGGACGCGCUGCCGGUGUGACGCCAGCCUCUGGUUUUCCUUACAGCGAACCGAGAAACACCAGGCCAUCCCCUGAACACGGACACACAAGGCUGCACAUCUCCCCCGGUCAGCUAUGAGCCUCAUGGACCAGCAGGCACCCGAGAGGAGGGCCCAGCUACCAGGGGGCCCGCCACCUGCUUUCAACCCCCAGGUGCAGUGACAAGAACCAAGGCCAGGCACGCUCACCGUUCCCAUUUAAAAAUGGAAGCCAAAGUUGAACUGGGUUUUCUUUUUUGCUCCAAAUGGUUUAGUUUUAGAAGCAGGUGUGUUGACCUGAGAUCAUCCUGUGAGACAAUUCGGAAUCUUCCCCUUAAGAGACACACUAGCCCAAACUUCAGUUCUUUCAGUUGCAGAAGUUGGCAUUUUUUCCUCAAACACUGGCCAUUGGCUGUUAUCUGGGAAGCAGGUUCUGAGGAGCACAUCUGAGCGUCUUUUGGGGUCCCCAGUACCCACAGUGGUUCACCUGGAGGGCCGGCCCCACGCCCCCAGCCUCCCUGUGUCCUCUACCCCCUCUGCCCGCCCAUGCAAGGCCGGGCCUCUGCACUGAGCGCCUGCCGGCAGCUCGGUGCAGCACUGUUUGUACAGAACCGUUUUUGAAAAAUUCUUUUCAAUAAGAUGCAAAACCUUUCCAACUUUUGACCCUGAUGGGAUAAAACAUUUGAUUUUGUUUUAGAUUUCCUGUAGCUGUGAAUAGUUUGAAAGUGUCUGAUUCAGGAUAAUACAUAAACACGUGCUGUUAACAAUUUGUGAAUUUUACUGUUUUGCCUUCAAAUAAAGAAUUUUUUUAAAGAA